GAAACUCAAUCUGAUUCCCUGUGAACGCUCACAGUUUCAAUGCGAACCUCACGUAUUUCCCGUGAUACGUCCCGUAUCCUCGCCGCGAGCCGCACGCAGCGUACAUUACGCCAGACCCGAAGUGCCGCAAAUAUAUCGAACCGGGAUACCCACAUCGAGAGCAACGGAUUGGGCGAAGCAGUUAAAAACAACGAGAAUGAAGACACAGGCUCUGAACUGAGCUCUGUGCCAGCGGACUCAGGCUCAGAUGGCGAGGCAGGAACAGCAAACAGAAAGAGGAAAAGGGGACAGGACACACCUGUUGUCGUCAAGCUCGAAAGCAAGGAGAUAUUAGUCGCCACGAUUGCCUCGCCGAAGAAGGAAAGCAAGCCCAAGAAAGCGCGCCGCAUGCCCGCGAAAAAGAUAAAGGCGCUAGAUGGUAGCGUCAAGGUGGAACCGCCAUCGCAUUGGGAGGAGAUAUAUGCCUUGACGCGACAGAUGCGCAAUGAGCAUGUCGCUCCGGUGGAUACAAUGGGAUGUGAAAGCCUGGCAGACCGGACUAGGUCUCCGCGAGACCAAAGAUUCCAGACGCUGGUAGCUUUGAUGCUGAGCAGCCAGACGAAGGAUACAGUUACAGCCGUAGCAAUGAGGGGUAUGCAGGAGAAGAUGCCAGGAGGCUUCAACCUCGAGUCUGUCCUCGCACUUGAACCUCCAGCACUCAAUGCAUUCAUCAACAAAGUGGGUUUCCAUAACCUGAAGACAAAGUACAUCAAACAGACUGCAGAGAUCCUGAGGGAUAAAUGGAACUCGGAAAUCCCAGAUACCAUCGAAGGGUUGACAUCACUGCCAGGCGUAGGACCCAAGAUGGGUUACCUGACACUGAGUGCAGCUUGGGGCCGCGAUGAGGGUAUAGGAGUGGAUGUGCAUGUACACCGUAUCACUAAUCUGUGGGGAUGGCACAAGACCCAACAGCCAGAACAGACGCGCGCUGCGUUGGAGUCCUGGCUUCCGAAGGACAAAUGGCACGACAUCAACAACCUGCUCGUUGGUUUUGGGCAGACGAUUUGUCUACCUGUGGGAAGAAAGUGCGGAGACUGCAAGUUGGCAGAUAGAGGGCUAUGUCCUUCAUCAGUGGUGGCAAAGAGUAAGAAGAUCAAGAAGGAAGAAGCUGUUGUGAAGAUUGAAGCACCCAGUGGCGAGUCGAUAGUACAAGAGAAUUCGAUAUUUGCUGAGGUCAGUGAAGUCAAGGCUGAAGAUGCCACGCUAGAUAUCGAAGACAUUGGGAUGGAGCCACGCAAACGAGCACCGCGGAAAGCGACGAAGUCGUAGGCAAUAUUGAGC